UUCCCGCCCUCGCAUACGCCUACUCUUCUCUCAUUUCCCCCUCUAGUGUCCCUCGGGUGGUGUCUAUAAAUACAUCAUUUCUCCUCCAUUUCAGUCGCACACGACACACUACUAGUCUCUUUGACAACCCAAAGCUGCUUGCCCUUUCCCUCACUACUCUUUUGAGACUUUCCUUCUCCUUCCUCCACAAUGGCUGUUAUGACUAGGGUUCUUAUUAUUGCUUCUCUACUACUUGUCCUCUCUCUUCACCUUCUCCACGUCGUUCAGGCUGACGACCAACUGGAGAGUACCAACGCACAGAACACCCUUCCCAAGACCAUAGAUUGUGGGUCCGCAUGUGCAACAAGGUGUCAGCUAUCGAAAAGGCCACGACUCUGCAAAAGGGCUUGUGGGAGUUGUUGCUUCCGAUGCCAAUGUGUACCUCCGGGCACUUCCGGCAACACUGAUGUUUGUCCUUGCUACGCCACCAUGACCACCCACGGCAACAGACUCAAAUGCCCUUAGAUCUCGUCUAAAGACCCCUCUCCCACCAACAAAAAAAAAAAUGAUUUGUCUUUCUUAAAUUUAAAAUUUUAUUAAAUAAACCCAGCUUCUAUUAUUCCACAGUUCCGAACAUUCCCCCCAAUGUAAUAUUACUCAAUAAUAAGAGAGCCUUUCGUGUUCUGUAAAUUGUGUCAUUGGUAUGUAUGGAUAUUCCUUCUGUAUGUGUUAUUGUUUUCUAUUGUCCCAAAGUUGAAAGAGUUAAUUCACUCACUUGUCUUUCUUGUGUUCUUUAA